UCCAUCUUCCUCGGAGAGCCUUCGGUCUCCUCCUGGGUUGUCCAUUUGUGAUGGGUGGGAACAGUGUGAAGAAUGCUCCCGACACAGAUGCCUCCGCAGCCCCAACAUCGCCUUCUUUGUACAAACCUCACCAAAGCCCUCCACAAUCCCCCAGCCAGGAACUUUUCUACACGCCUGUGGCUAGUCCUGAGCGCCGCCCCAUCGACACAGGCCCCACCCCUGAGGAGCUGAAGGUGUCCAGUAAUGAGCAGAAAUACUUAGAGGGCUGGGGCGUCCCCUUUCAUCAGGCUAUGGAACAGAUUCAGCAGUCUUCCCGAUCAUUGGAUGAAAUGCAUAGCCAGUUCAGGAGUCUCCUUGCCUCUGGAAAUGGCAGCGAUGGGCCCCGGAUAGCGGCCUCUGCCAUUGGCUGGGAGGCUCGGCUCACAGAAGUCAGGAAAGAGCUGAAGAGUGGACUGAGGGAACUCGGGAACCUAAAGAGCCAGUAUGAGGCCCUGAGUGCAGGAAAAAUACUGACUGUGGGAGCAGGGAGAUCAGAUUCCAAGGAUGCUCAGGAGGAGCUCACAGAACACCGGAAACCCUCACAGGAGGACAACAAAGAGAAGGAGAGACUGAGAGAUCGGGUGAAACAGCUGGAGAGGGAGAACAUAACACUGACCCAGAGAAUCAUCGAGCUGCAGGGUGAAGUGCAGGAACUGAACCUGCUCCAGUCUGACCUCCGCACCGCCGUAGCCGUAGCAGAGAGAUUUCGGGAGGAAGCCCAGGAGAAGCUGGAGAGGAGCGAGAAAGAGAAUAAGAGGUUACGAAUGAAGGGGUCAGACAGUGUGGACUGGACAGAGACCUCCCCUGUGAACGGCACCGUCCAAGGAUACCGCAGCCUUCCUCGGGGUGUUAUCCUCUCCUCGCUGAGGUCUAAUGACGCAAUUGUGAAGUCCAGCAGCCUCAUGAGUGUCCCUCCCAGAGGGUCCUCCUCCACAGACUCAGACGCAGCCUCGGCCCGCAAGGAGCGCAGAGGAAGUCUAGAGACCUUACUGAACCAGUCUAAAGCCACAGAGAAUCUAACUGAGGACUCUGGCUCCUUCCUGCGCCGAUAUGGCGGCUCCAAGAGAGGGGUCUUCCUGCGUUGGGCACAGGAUCGUACCUGCGGCUAUAAGCAUGUGGUCAUUACAAACUUCAGCUCCUCCUGGGUGGACGGCAUGGCGCUAUGUGCACUCCUGCACUCCUACCUCCCGCAGGCGAUCCCCUAUAACCAACUACGCCCUCUGGAGAAGAGGAAAAAUCUACAGUUGGCGUUCCAGGCAGCGGAGAGUGUUGGGAUCACCCCUCUCUUGACCGUAGAUCACAUGCUCCAGAUGCAGGGCCCCGAUUGGCAGAAAGUUCUUCUCUAUGUUGAAUCCAUUUACCAGAAAUUUGAAGCAUGAAGAUGGAAACGGAUUCCGGAUUGUCCACCAUGGCCUGCUGGAUCCAGAAGACGGACUGAGGUGAUUUCCUGCUGGAUCCUGCUCUGUGAUUGGAUGGAAUUAUCUGCUGUGAUUGGGUCACAAAGUUCCUUUAUUUAAGGAUGGUGCCAAUCUAUAUCCAGUACAUAAUCAUUGUACGUCUGAUAAACGCCGCGUCCGGCCGGGUGAACGUCGGAUUAUGUGAUUGGCUGCAUUGUUACAUUGUGAUUGGCUCUGGAUUCUUGGACGUUGUCUGAUCAGUAUUUCAUAUUAUAGACUGACUUCUUCAAUACCAGAAAUGGUUCAAGUCUCAUGUACCCUCCCCCCAUGUAAUGUCCCCUUUUAUCGUCUCCUCGUCAGAUAUUUUAUAUUAAAGAUAUUAUAUUAUCCCAGGAAA